AUGUCCACAACUUCCCCUGACCAAUUUGCGGCCAUGCAGGCCCAAAUUAAUUACCUGACUGCGCAAGUCACUACGCACCGUACUGAACUCGACCAGAUCCGCCACCUACUCGAAGAAAAUCAGCAACUCCGUAAUGAAAAUGCCCAGUUGAAAGCCCAACUUGCUGCCGCUACCGCUAGCGUUUCCACUUUCUACUCCAAGCCUACUGUAUCCACUUCUGCCCCUAAUACUGAGACUGCAACCCGCCCAACUUCAACCCCUUCUGCACCCAUGGGUUCUGACGCCUCGCAGUGGGCUACAGUCACCAAAAAGUACCGUCCUGUCCGACCUAAACCUAAGCCCAAAACUCGGGCUUCAGAUGCUCGCACCUUUCAGAUUACCGACGGCCCAAGUGGCUUCCAGUACUUGUAUAUUCCUCGAUCUCGCCGCCUUACCCGCCACGAAACCCGUACCCGUCUUCGCCGUCUGGGCGUUGAUCCAUACCGUGUGCUUGACAUCACUUUCCCCGUUCGUUCUGUUGUCGGCCUCCUGAUCCAUGUGCAAUACCGUGCGCUCGUAGAGGAGACCCUCGGUCAGCAUAAUAUCCUGGUGAUCCACGACUUUGAUCCCUGUGACCCCAUCCACAUGGCUGAUCCUGAAGUCAAGCAGAUGUCCCUCGCAGAUCAACAAGCGUUUGCUGAGUCUCUCCAUUCUGCACGAUGCGAAAAAGCAGUGCUCCGUCUUCCAUAUCACCUUGCCUCCCCCAUUGCCCGCUCUUUCCUGGAAGCCAACAUUUUCGAUACUGAUGAUGUCUCUCGUCUUCUGAGUCGCUGUCGUGGUGCUCCUGUGCCCCCUACCAACACUGAUACUACCGAGAAAGACGACACUGAUCCUGAUACUGAUAUGGCCGACGCCAAACAUGAACGCGCACCUGCCAGCAAUGGCAAGCUUUAAAAAAAAAUGAUUAAUCAACACAACACAUUCACUCCUUCUUCGUCAACCUCGCUUGCCACUCAUCUCCUAACGCUCCCAUC